AUGGCAGAGAUACCUCCGUCAUGUGUGAACUUGAACGUGAGGGCAGGAAAUAGAGCUCGCCUCUGGUCGUGUGUAACAGGGAAGUAAAACUUAUACUUUGUUCGUUGUUAGAAGUUGUUGGUGUGCUCAAAUGUUCCGCACUCUAAGUUAAUUUAUCCUCGGUUAAAACGACAGCAAACUGUGCAGUUUUUAAUGGACAUACGUGAGCAUUAAAGUGAGAGAUGGAGGCAGGAAAUGUUCAGUAGGGUAUUUGAUCCAGCGGAAUACUUAUGAGACGGAGGACGAAGAGGAAACGGACCAGAGCAUUUUUCAAUGUUUUGAAAUAAACAUUUAACUGACGUUUUGAAAGGCAUCCAGGUUCAGAAGUGUACACCAGGGGCCGGAACACUGUCCAGCUGAUCCUAACAAUCAGACUGGACAUCUUGAAAAGCUUUCACCAACAAGCCCUGCUUGAUCAUGGCCCAGUGGAUACACAUGUCCCAGAUGAUCCAACGCCUGUCUGAUGACACAGUCAACAACCUCUAUCCCCCAACCGCCUUUCCCAUUGAAGUCAGACAUUUUUUAGCUGAAUGGAUUGAGAGCCAAAGAUGGGACGACUUUGCGCUGGAUAAGAUGGAACUGGAGAGCCAGGCUCAGGCUCUGUUGGACCAGACCAUCAGCAUGCUGCAAUCCCUUUCGCAGCAGAAUGCCAACGUGGUGGACAGAAUGAAGUUGAUGCAGAUUAGCAGGAACAUGACCAUGAUUAAUCAGCAGCCUGUACGAUUUGCAGUUAUGGUCAAGGAAAUCCUUGCGAAGGAGAGGGCUCUUCUCGGCACGCGUCCUCAGAAGCCCAGCCCUCCACAGUACCAACAAUACCCGAAUAGAGAGACCUCGUUCCCCAGCAUGCAGGAUGUAGACCACCUGGUUUUAAAGGUGCUGGAGGUCCAGGACGCCCGGCAGAAGAUGCACGCGCUACAAGAAGAGCUCAACUGGGAAAGGCAGAACUGUGAGGGUUUACAAGGACAGAUUCAACAGAACGGACUGGGUCCCACGAAUCCAGAAAUCCAGAAACUCCAGAAUCACAUCCAACAGCUGGAGUACAACGUGAAAGCACUGGCCACGAAGCGUUUCCAGCUGCUGAAGGAGUGUGUGGAUUGUUUGGAUCAGUGUCAGACCCGACUGAUUAGCAGGCUGAAGGCGUGGAGGUGGGAACAGCACAAGGCAACCAUCGGACAUCCCUUUGACGAGAACCUCAACCCUCUGCAGACCUGGUGUGAGCAGCUGCUUGGCGUGAACGGGAAGCUGAGACAGGAGUUAGUGUUGAUAGGGGAACCAAUCCCAGAGCUCCAGGAGAGGCUGGGCAAACUCCUGCAGAUACUGAUUCAAAGCUCUCUCAUGGUGGAAAAGCAGCCGCCUCAGGUCAUUAAGACCCAGUCAAAGUUUUGUACAACAGUGCGAUAUUUGCUUGGGGAAAAAGUUGCUUCUGGGAAGCCUGUUGUACUGAAGGCGCAAAUCAUUAAUGAAAUGCAGGCCAGGAAUCUGGGCAGUGUACCCGGCGAUAAUGUUGGGGAGCUGAUCAACAAUACAGCCAUCCUGGAACACAACGCAGUCAGCAAGAGCACAUGUGCCACCUUCAGGAACAUGUCAAUCAAGAAGAUCAAGAGGGCCGAUAGAAGGGGAUCAGAGUCUGUGACCGAGGAGAAAUUUGCUCUCCUGUUCUCGACAGAGAUUACCAUCACAGGCUGUGAUACUCCCUAUAGGAUACAGAUGAUCUCACUGCCUGUGGUAGUCAUUGUCCACGGUAGUCAAGACAACAACGCUCUGGCCACCAUCAUAUGGGACUGUGCUUUCUCCGAAUCAGACAGAGUGCCGUUCAUGGUGCCGGAGCGCGUGCCCUGGAGGAUGAUGUACAGCACUCUCAACAGUAAAUUCACCUCUGAAGUCCAGACCAACCACAAUCUGGACCAUUACAACCAGCACUUCUUGGCUCAGAAGAUAUUUGACAAGCCUGAUUUUGCUGACGACUUCAGCAACAUUUUGGUUUCCUGGGGCCAGUUUAAUAAGGAGGUUCUCCCGGGUCGAACAUUCACCUUCUGGCAGUGGUUUGAGGGAGUGAUGGAACUGAGCAAGAAGCACCUAAAGACCUACUGGAGCGAAGGGCUCAUAUUUGGCUUCAUUGGGAAGCAGCAUCUUCACCUGAUUCUCAAAGACAGGCCCAAUGGGACGUUCUUGCUUCGCUUUAGUGACUCUGAGAUCGGGGGCAUCACUAUUGCAUAUGUGUCUGCCACUGAGAAUGGGGGACAGAAAAUCCAGAACAUCCAGCCCUUCACCAAGAGAGAUCUUGAUAUCCGUAACCUUGGUGACCGCAUCCGUGACAUCAACGACAUAACAUACUUGUAUCCUGCAUUUCCUAAAGAUGAAGUGUUCAAAAGAUUCUACUCAGAGCCUCGAGCCUCACCCCCCGGGGGCUAUAUCCCUGUGUCUCUCCAGACUAGGGUUGGCACAGAGGGCAGCUCAGCCAACUCCCUGACCCCGUGUAUGACACCCAUCGCUGGAAGCCCAAGUAAUAUCUACCCUGUGCCUCAGUUCCAACAGCCAUUAGGCCAGCCGGAGCAAGAAAUGGAGGGUGUAACUAGUGUGGAGUUCACUGACUUCAAUGAACUUCCGGCUUCUAGCCAUAUGGAACUAGAAUUGGACAGGCUUUUACAGAAUCUGCAGGAAUGAGGAUAUCCCUUCGAAGUUGUUUUUGAAGUGCAAAGCAGACGUAAGGAAGAGACCAGAUCCAGACCAGUCGUCUGUUUCACCUUCAAAUCCAAAAAGUGCAUUCUCACUUUCUUACUCCACUAUCAUCCUCCAGAUAAAUCCAAAUUUUGAGUAAAAAUAAAUGAGAUUUUUCGGCGGCACAACAUGUUGAGCUGGUGUUAGCAAGAAAUCCUUUUACGGACAAAGUCAAACUGAGAACAAAGGAACAGAAAUAAUUGUGCUAUCGUCGCUGUCCGCUGGCUUUUCUUGUUGUGCACCUUUGAAAUACCUUUUUUUUUUUUCUCAGUGGUGGUUUUGGGAAUUUUUUGAUUGAAUCAUUGGACACCAGUAUGUGAUUUUAAGCCAUGAUGAGGGAAGUAUUUCUCUCUUGUAUAUAAACUUCAUAAGCCUCAGCUAAAGAAUGCUGUAAUGUUAUACUCCCCCCUACAGUAUGAGUGGUAAAUACUUCCUUACUAAGACAUUGUUAUAAACAAUAAACCUAACAUGGUUUAUGGUAUAGUAAAGACAAGUUACAUCAAAUGGACAAUAAGCUUUUCCAUAACCAUUCACUGCGAAACUCCACAUUGAUGGACACUUAGACAAAAAGCAGAAGUGGUGAUGAUGAUGAUGAUGAUGAUGACGAUGAUAAUGAUGAUGGUGGGUGAUGGUGGUACUAUAUCUGCCUUCUUAAAUACUCAAUUGUGUGUAUUUCUUUUUUAUAUGUGUGGUUUGUCACUCUCAGCCAAUAAUGCAUGACCUUAUACAAACAAGUGAUUGGCAUCCGUCUUCAGUCUUUGGAGUGAUAGAAAACCUAAAUAAAUGACCUGUGUAUGUCCAGACCUUUA